GGGGUCGAAUCUGCAUUCAAAUUGACAUGUUGGUUCAAAGUUCCCAAACGCCGGGGGAGGGGCUCUCUUUUACUGGGAGGUGGCACAGAAUGGAGCUCCCUGCUGUGUGGUAUCCAGGGUACUUCGGAUGGACUAAAGCUACAGAUCACAUGAAGCACUCUCGGUCAAGGAGCGUGAUGACCGGCGAGCAGAUGGCGGCCUUUCACCCCACGUCCACCCCCAACCCGCUGGAAAGACCCCUCAAGAUGGGCUGGCUGAAGAAGCAGAGGUCCAUCGUCAAGAACUGGCAGCAGAGGUACUUCGUGCUGAGGGCGCAGCAGCUCUACUACUACAAGGAUGAAGAGGACGUGAAGCAUCAGGGCUGCAUGUAUCUGCCCGGAUGUACAGUCAAGGAGAUCGCCACAAACCCAGAAGAAGCGGGGAAGUUUGUCUUUGAGGUCAUUCCAGCCUCAUGUGACCAGAGUCGCACGGGACAGGACUCCUAUGUCCUCAUGGCCAGCUCCCAAGCGGAAAUGGAGGAGUGGGUUAAAUUCCUUAGGAGAGUCGCUGGCACACCCUCUGGAGCGGUGUUCGGCCAGCGCUUGGAUGAGACAGUGGCCUAUGAGCAGAAAUUUGGCCCCCACCUGGUGCCCAUCCUGGUGGAGAAGUGUGCGGAGUUCAUCCUGGAGCACGGCCUGAACGAAGAGGGCAUCUUCCGGCUGCCUGGGCAGGACAACCUGGUGAAGCAGCUGAGAGAUGCUUUUGACGCGGGGGAGCGGCCCUCCUUUGACAGAGAUACAGAUGUGCACACGGUGGCCUCCCUGCUGAAGCUCUACCUCCGAGACCUCCCGGAACCAGUGGUUCCCUGGAACCAGUAUGAGGGGUUCCUGCUAUGCGGGCAGCUCAUGAAUGCAGAUGAAGCAAAGGCUCAGCAGGAGCUGAUUAAGCAGCUCUCCAUCCUUCCUCGAGACAACUACAACCUCAUGAGCUACCUCUGCAGGUUUCUGCAUGAAAUCCAGCUGAACUGUGGUGUUAACAAGAUGAGUGUGGACAAUCUGGCUACUGUGAUCGGUGUGAAUCUCAUCAGGUCAAAGGUAGAAGACCCUGCUGUGAUCAUGAGAGGGACUCCUCAGAUCCAAAGAGUGAUGACCAUGAUGAUCAGAGACCAUGAAGUCCUCUUCCCCAAGUCUAAAGAUGCACCCGUAUCACCUCCUGCCCAAAAAAAUGACCCCAAGAAACCUCCAGUGGCACGAAGUUCUGUGGGCUGGGAUGCUACUGAGGACACUCCAAUUUCUAGAACAGACAGCGUCAGUAACAUGGCGAGCGACUCAGAGACAACCAGCCCCACUGGACAACAGCCAGGUGAUGGGUGUCUGGGAGACAGCAGCAAAGCAUCCAGGGAAAAGCCAGGAGACUGGAAGACACAAUCCCGGAAAAGGACUCAGACACUCCCUAACCGGAAAUGCUUCUUGACAUCAGCUUUUCAAGGUGCCAAUAGCUGCAAAGCGGAGAUCUUUAAAAAUGAGUUCUGGUCCCCUUCUUCGGAGGGGGCGGCAGGGGAAGGGCACAGGAGAACAAUGUCUCAAGGUGUGCCGCAGUGUUUUGACUCCCAGAGGACUUCCACCUACGAUAAUGUCCCCACCCAGCCCCGGUCCCCUGGGGACGCAGAACGUGCACCCUUGUCUCCGGCUGAUGACUCCAAGAGAGAUGCUCUUGCCAGCCCAAACUCUGAAACCGGGCCUGGGAAAAAGAACUCUGGAGAAGAGGAACUUGAAUCUUUGCAGAGGAUGGUCCAGGAGCUGCAGAAGAAAAUAGAAAUGCAGAAGCAAAUGUAUGAGGAACAGAUUGAAAACCUCGAGAAGGAGAACUAUGACGUCUGGGCCAAGGUGGUGAGGCUCAGUGAAGAACUGGAGACAGAGAAGAAGAAGUCGGCAGCCCUGGAAAUCAGCCUCCGCAAUGUGGAGCGCUCCCUGGAGGACGUGGAGAGGCGGAACAAGGCCUUGGAAGAAGAAGUCAAGGAGUUUGUCAAAUCGAUGAAGGAGCCCAAGGCAGACGCUUGAGGGUCCCAGCAGCACCACAGAGACAGCCCGCAGGGACCCAGCACGGCGCCCUUUCUUGGUGCCCGCUGAUGACCAGGAGACAUAAUUGCUCCCCAGGAGGGAGAGGACGUUUGUGGGGAGAGCAUCCCAUUUCCCAGUGAAUGAACCAGUGGAGUUUGUAGGAAGAUGAGGGUGAGCAGGGACUCAUGUGGACACCUCUGAGCCCCUGAGGCUGUAUUUCAAAGGCUUGCAUGAUGGUGGUCUCAGGCCAAGUGGAAGGGACCUCCCAGGGCUGGAUAGCUGUGUCCAAUGGAGACUUUGAAGCAGGCCACAUCCCAGGGCC